CCAGUUGAAGCUCUCAGAUGACCGGCUCAGUGUGACCGGGGAGAAAGGCUACUGCAUGGUCAGGGCAACCCAUGGUGUGGAAGAGGGUGCCUGGUAUUAUGAAGCUACCAUUGAAGAUAUGCCAGAGAAUAGUGCCGCUCGUAUUGGCUGGUCUCAAGAACUUGGCAAUUUGCAAGCUCCCUUGGGGUAUGACCGUUUUGGCUACUCUUGGCGGUCUCGUAAAGGCACUAAGUUUCAUGAGAGCCGUGGAUACCACUACCACGACGGAGGUUACGGUGCCGGAGACACACUUGGCUUCCUCAUCGAGCUACCACGAAGAAAAGAAAAGGAAGGGCAGCUUUCUCUUCCAGAUGCCUUCAAGGACAGGAGACUUGUAAAGGUGAAAAGUUAUCUUUAUUUUGAAGAGAAGGAUGAAGUACAGCAAGCCAUCAAAGCUCUCAGUACACUACUGGAAAUUACAUUUUAUAAGAAUGGGGAGUGUGCUGGAACAGCUUGGAAGGAUAUUUAUGAAGGAAUGUACUACCCAGCUGUGUCUCUUUACAAGGGGUGCACGGUGCGUCUGAACUUUGGGCCAAACUUCAAGCACAAGCCAAAGGAUGUAUCAUGCAUGGGAAUGGAUGAAAGUGUCGACAAAGUCAUCGUGCAGCAGACCAUGUCCGAUAUGCUUUACCUUGUGGAAAAUGAAAGUCAGAUGCGGUUGGAUGCCAUCUACUUCUGAGUGGCAAUGUGUUCUUUCAUCUUUUUUCUCAUGACAUGUACAAUAAUUUUCACUUCAAAGGAAAGGUAGCAUAUGUGCACAAACAGUUAUGUACCAAUAUUUUCAUCCUCAUUGACAAGUUUUCGAUUAUUCAAUUAAACAUACAUACUGAAGUUACGCAUGUUGUUUUAGAUGAUGCGAAUUAUUUUACAAAACUUCUGAGAAAGUCAGGCCAUCUUGUUUUUGCAUAUAAAUUGUAUGUUCAGGUUGAAACAGUUUACCGCAGCUGAAAUGACAUUUUCAUGGCUAAUUAUCAAAAAAGUCUUAAUUAACUAUUCUAACUUCUGAGCUGAGGGCACUUUUUCAUUAUAGUAGUUUAGUUUUUUGACAAUUGAUGGCAUACCAAUUUUUUUUAGAAAUCAUGAGAGUUGCUUGUAAUUUGAGAUGUUUAUUUAGGGAUUUGGAUUUUAGUGUCAUUAUAAAAACUGAAUGCACCUGUCAUGCAGGAAAUGUGAACUCUCUGUUAUGUCACACUUAAACUGCCUGUGGCAAAGUGAUAAAAUUUGAAAUAAUGCGUAUUGCAGCAAAAUCUGGUCAAGGAAGUCAGCAAGUACUCUAAAAUACACACAGCUUCUUUGCAUGCCAUGUGUAAUACUUACCUGUUUUAAAUCCGAAG